AUGCAGCUUGCUGAAACCUCUGGCGCUGAUUUUUUCGUGCAGGACGGGUUUGGCGUUGUUCAUCGCGCGCAUGCUAGCACCGAGGCAAUCACGCAUGAACUGCCGAGCAUUACCGGGCUUUUACUUGAAAAAGAGUAUGUGUCUAUCACGGGCGCGAUGAAAAACCCAAAGCGGCCCCUGGUUGCUGUACUCGGCGGCGCCAAAGUGAGUGACAAACUGCCGCUUUUACAAGCGCUUGUACCUAUAGCGGAUCAGAUAUUGGUUGGCGGUGCUAUGGCAAACACGUUUUUGGCGGCACGUGGCUAUAAUCUUGGCAAAAGUAAAUACGAAGCAGACCAAGGUGUCGAGAUAGAAGAAAUCAUGCGCCAGGUAACCGUAAAAGUGGGUGCGGGCAACGGGGAUGAGUUUUUACGCUUACCAAGCGACGUGGCUGUCGCGAAUUCAGUUGAUGAGGCGAGCGAGAGAAAGGUAGUUGGUAUUGAUGCUAUCUCUGAUGAGGAGCUAGCACUUGAUAUAGGAGAGAGAACGAUCGAAGAUUUCGCGGCACGCGUCAAGACGGCUCAUACGGUGAUAUGGAACGGUACUAUGGGGUAUGCGGAACUGCCGCAAUUUUCCCAUGGGUCGGCUCGAAUGGCGUUGGCUAUCGCAACGAAUGUCUCAGCUACAUCAGUGGUUGGAGGUGGGGAUACCGCCGAUUUCGUAUUAGGCUGGGACGCGAAAGAGGGCGCCAGCUUCAGUCAUGUGUCUACAGGCGGCGGCGCCAGCUUGGAGCGGAUGAGUGGACAGCCGUUGCCCGGAAUUGAAGCGCUCCUCGACAAAUAA